AUGGCUGCAAGCACACCUUCCUCUGUAGCUGACCUAAAAGCUCUCAAGAGUUACGUCUCUAAUUUAUUUCGUGGAUACUACAAAAGAGAUAUUUAUAUUCUAGUCGCAGGCAGAUUUGGUGUUGGGAAAUCAAGUCUUUUCUAUGCUAUAGUGGGGAAACCUGUGUCUUUACAAGAUGGUCGUUCUAAGUGCCAGAAUUCGAAGUGUGACAUAGAUUUCAGUGAUCUCAUUGAAGGUUUUGCCGUCCAAGUAUGUGAUUCGCCUGGUCUGCAAGGUGGCGAAAAGAAAGACGACUUGUACCUCGCAGAUAUACAACAGGAAGCGAGAGAAAUCGAUCUUAUGAUUUACUGUGUAAAGAUGGAUGACGCAUGCUUUUACCAAGCUGACAAAAUGGCCAUAAAAAAGCUAACAGAAACGUUUGGGAAGAAACUGUGGGAACACUCGGCGAUAGCUCUGAUCUUUGCUGACAAAGUUGAGGAUCCGAUUGGAGGGGACCAGCAGACCUAUUUUACGGAACAAAGGCUGAUA